CAUGGUUAAGGAAUAUCUUUCAUGAUUUUCUAAAUUAAAUGGGUUGAAUUAUUGUAAAAUAUUUAGAGUAAAGUGAGAAAAAAUAGGAAAAUAAUGAAUUCAAUGCAUAAAACAUUAAUUUGGAUACUUUAUUCUGUAGUAGAAACGCAAAAUUUGGUGCUUUCCCAAUUUUGUCUCUACGUUUCAGAGCAUAUCAGAUGCAUUAAUUCCUACCGUUAUGGAUCCAAUUUUGUCUCUACGUUUCAGAGCAUAUCAGAUGCAUUAAUUCCUACCGUUAUGGAACCAAAUUUUGCAUUUCUACUACAGAAUAAAGUAUCCAAAUUAAUGUUUUAUGCAUUGAAUUCAUUAUUUUCCUAUCUUUUCUCACUUUAGUCUGCAUAUCUUACAAUAAUUCAACCCAUUUAAUUUAGAAAAUCAUGAAAGAUAUUCCUUAACCAUGAAAGAUAGAAGUUUAAAGUCCUAGAUUUUCAUGAGUGCAAAGUUUCCUACCUUUUGGCCUUUAUAUACUUUUUGUGCUUCGUUUCAAAGAACCUCUUCUUAUACAAAACCAUCAAAAGGAUAGAAUCCAUGGGUAGUAGACAUGCUCUUAAAUCCCUUGUGUUGAUACCAUUAUUUGUCUUAGUAACCUGUAAUGCAUUUGAAGAUUUUCUUCAUUGCAUAUCCACCAGUUCCAAAGAAAACAUUGAAAAAUAUAUUCACAAGCCUAAUUCUCCAGAAUACUCAUCACUCCUGAAAUAUGCCCAAAAAAUUUCAAGAUGGUCAAAUUCAACAUCUGCGUUCCCUCUUUUCAUUGUUACACCAUAUCAUGAGACCCAAAUGAGAUCCAUUAUUCUUUGCAGCAAAAAGCUUGGUUUACAAGUCAGAGUCAAGAGUGGGGGACAUGACUAUGAAGGCCUCUCAUACCGCUGUCGAUCCCCGUUCAUCAUGAUUGAUCUAUGCAAUCUCAAAUCCAUUAACAUUGAUCUGGAAAGUGAAACUGCCUGGAUUCAAACUGGGGUGACUCUAGGCCAACUUUACUAUGCAAUUGCUCAAAAAAGUAAAACCCAUGCAUUUGCUGGUGGGCUAUGUCCUACAGUUGGAUCAGGUGGACACAUAAGUGGUGGAGGCAUAGGGACUUUGUUAAGAAAGUAUGGUCUUGCUGCUGAUAACGUUGUAGAUGCAAGGGUUAUGGAUGCCAAUGGACAAAUUCUUGACAGGAGAGAAAUGGGUGAAGAUUUGUUUUGGGCUAUAAGGGGAGGUGGAGGAGCAAGUUUUGGGGUAAUACUUGCAUGGAAACUCAAGCUAUCUCGUGUUCCUGAGCAGGUUACAGCUUUCACAAUUCGUAGAAAGCUUGAUCGUAACAAUAUAAAAUUGAUCCAGAGAUGGCAAAAUAUUGCCCAUCAAUUUCCUGAAGAUCUUUUCGUGAGAAUGAUCCUUCAAAAUCAAGCACCAGUUGUAAAAGGAGGAGAAAAGAUUGUUCAGAUUUCCUUUCAAGGUUUGUAUCUUGGGACGGCUGAUAAGCUUGUUACUUUAUCAAGCCGAUACUUGCCGGAAUUUGGGAUAAAGGUUAGAGAUUGCUUUCAAGAUCCCACUGAAAUUAAAAAUUGCAAAAGGAAACCUUGCAUCAAGAAAGAAUGCUAUCAAGUUCCAUGGAUCAAAUCAGCGCUUUAUUUCGCGUCAAAAAUACCUAAAAGUUCGUUGCAGUAUUUGGUGAGCAAAAGGAGCACGCCUGCUUAUUACAAGGCAAAAUCUGAUUUUGUUAUACGACCAAUACCAGAAAAGGCAUGGGUAUUGAUAAAGAAAAUGUUUCUUGAAGAAGACAGUCCCAUGAUGAUAUUAGAUCCUUUUGGUGGAAGAAUGAGUCAAAUUUGCGAGUCUAAACUUCCAUUCCCACAUAGGAAUGGGACAUUGUAUAACAUACAAUACUUGGUAAAUUGGAAGCACAAUAACCAAAGUGAGAGCAACAAGCAUAUUGAAUGGAUAAGAAGGCUCCAUAAGAAAAUGGAGCCAUUUGUUUCUCAAUAUCCUAGAGCUGCAUAUAUCAAUUACAGGGAUCUUGAUUUGGGGGUCAAUGGAGAGGAGUACAAGUAUGAAGAAGCAAAGACAUGGGGAGAAAUGUACUUCAAAGACAAUUUUGAAAAGUUGGCAAGGAUAAAGAGCAAGGUUGAUCCUAGCAACUUCUUCAGGAAUGAACAAAGUAUUCCACUUUUAUUUUGAGGCUAAAACAGCACAAAGAUGCAUUUGCGUAGUUUGCCUACCAUGAUAUACUUCUUUAUCAAAAUACAACCAGUCUUGCAGGAUAUAUAUCAAGUGUAUGUUGAAUUGAUCAUGACUCUGUAUGGUUGUAUAAGCAUUUAUUAUCUUUUUUUAAUAAUAAACAAUGCAUUCAUGUUGAAUUGAUCAUGACUCUAUGUGGUUGUACAAGCAUUCAUUAUCUUCUUCUACGAUAUAGACUAAGGGUGAAAGCUCCCAUGACACGUAGGAAUCGUCGUUAUAUGGAAAUAGGGAUGGUUCCUUUUUUAUUACAAAUUGUUGAUGUCAUCAAAUUGGGUGUUGAAAACUAGAAAGUUUUGCUUCGGUUGGAUGGUUUGAUGUAGUAGUUAGUUACGGGAAAUAGGACAAUUGAAAAUUUAAAGUGUGAAUUUUCACUUUAUUGAUUGGAGCAAGUUGAAUUAGAUAUUUCUAAAAUUCAGUUGAUAGUGCGAAAGUUUAUGUUAAGCCGGCGGUGGAACCGAAUCUAAUGAGUUAGGAUGUUGGAGUACUUGGUUUAAACUGUUUAAUCUUUUAUUUGCUAAUUAUUUUUAUGCUGUGCAAUGAUUUUUUUAUUAUUCAGAUAAAUUUCUAAAUCUUUUAUCUGCCUAACUAUUUUAACACUGUGGAAUGAUUUUUUGUUAUUUGAUAAAUUUCUCCAAUGAGGAAGAUUAAGAACCUAGAUACUUUCGAUUUGGAAAUUGGGCAGUUAAUAAUUUCCAUGUGGUGUUUUGCAGACAUCAUGAUCGGUAUCUUCGAUUGGUAAUCCAAAAGUCGUUUCUUAUGCAUUCUGAAUUUUACUCCAACAUCCUAACUUUCCAGUAUUAUGGAAAUAGCUAGAGUUGGCAAAAUGGAUUCAAAUCCAUUUAUGCAUCUAUAUAAACCAAGUUUAAAUGGAUUUGGAUGACUCAAAAAAGGACGAUAACUUUAAAUGGAUAACUAUUUAAAAUCAAUUAAAUUGAUGGAUUUGCAUGGAUUAUCCGCUAGAUCCGUAUAAAUCAAUUUAGCAAAAUAGAAUGCAACGGGAAGACGGACAGACCCAGGACUCACAACUUCUUCGUUCCAGAAAGCGUCAGCGUUGUGGGCCCACAAAACAGGAGAACAUCAUGUCUGAACGCUUGUAUAAUUCUCACAAAAGAAGUGGAGCUAGAAACAAAUAGUCAAAAUAUUGAUAACUGGCCUCAAUGAGUUGGUUAAAUUUGAGAAGAAUCUUUUUUUGUUAUUGUCUUGUACUUCCUUCAGUAUAGUUUCGUUUUUUUCUUUUUUGUAGAUUUUUCCCUUUAGUUGCUUAAUAAUCACAUGUCCUUUGCCUUCUACUAAGGUCCGUUUGGAGUUGCAAUAACUUAUUAAAAAGUAAUUCUUCAAUAGAGUUUUUAA